UUGAUUACUUUCAGCCUACUAAAAGAAAACCAAAACAAAAGCUUUGCAACAAAUUAUACCAAUUACAACCUUGACACAAUAAAAUUAUUGUGAACCCGGUAAAUUUACGACUUUCAAUUAAAAAUCAGUGCACAAAUAAAUGCAAAGUACAUAUUUCCAAAAUGAUACGUGCUUUAAUUCAUGUCUCAAGCUUCUACGCAUUACCGCAAUCUCUUGGCUUCUCCCAACAACCGUCUUCAUUUUAUGUUGUUACAUAUUUUUUUAAUUAUUUUUUUGCCAAAAAUAAAUAAACCCCACCACUAUCGACUACUAUUUUAUUAUUUAAUUUUAAAUUUAUUGUGCUUCACGAAUCGUUAUAGCUUCUACCGGUGCAUACGGAACUUUGUCAACCUCCAUCUACUUUAUCAGUAAAUCAAUUUUCAAUUGAACAAAAAAUUCAAUUUCAUAAUCUUGAGCCCAAAUUUACAAAACAAAAAGUGAAGCUUUCAUUCGUUGGGACACAAACACACAAGAAAGUCCAAACUCUGGUAAUCGAAUGCGAUGAGUUGCAGAGGACGCUUUGUGAAUUUUUAAUGAGUUUUGUUAAGUCGUCUUGUGGGGUUUUGAAUGGAUUCAGUUUCAUGGAUCGAGUUUAUGGUCAGUUUGUAAAUAAGUUUUAGUAAAUAUUUUGAGUUAUUGAUAACCGGUUGUGAUUAAAAAAAAGGAUCAGAGCUAUGAAGGUGAUAGGAUUGGGAUUUAUUUUGGGAUUCACACUGUUGGCACAGACAGUCCAAUCAACAACAGAUAUAUUCGAUUUUUCGAAUUUGGAUUUAAGUAAUUUCAGAUUCUUUAGAAAUCUUCCAUCUCAAAAUCCUGCUACGGCGCCUUAUGCUGACCCAUUCAUCGAACACUUUCAAAAGAAGAAAGCAAUUUUGGAUUAUUUGGAUCGAUUGUUGCUGGGGAACUCUUUACUUGGACCACCAACAACAAUUGAAUUCCAUCCAAACUAUGGCAAAGCAUGGAGACCAUACUUCGAACAUCAUUAUGGUCGAAGGGCAGAAAGACUAAUCGAAUUACUUGGGAGUGGAGCGUCAGUGGAAAAACUGAAAUAUCAUGGAGUUUUACCACAAGACUUUGGAUCAUAUCAUUAAACUUGUUUUAUUUGUUAUAAUGAUUUUAUUUAUUUAUAAAAUAUUAAAUCUUAAGAUAAAUUUA